AGGCGAAGACUGAAGAGAGUAGCACCGCCUGCGGACUUUGAGACUUGCUUGAGAGAGAGUUCGUCCAAUCGUGAAAUUAUAGAAAAGAUUAACAGCUAUUUUAUUUUAGUUUUUGUUUUUAUUUAAUUUGGGAAGAAAAUAACAGGUAAAAUAGAAAGUGUUUUCCAAUUCCAAACUCAGUCACACAGAGAAAGCGAGAGAUUGAGAAAAAAUGACGACCCGAAUAGCGCCGGGUGUGGGAGCGAACUUGCUGGGACAACACUCGGCCGAGAGGAACCAAGACGCCACUGCAUAUGUUGGAAAUCUUGACCCUCAGGUUUCUGAGGAGUUACUAUGGGAGUUAUUUGUUCAAGCUGGCCCUGUUGUUAAUGUGUAUGUUCCUAAAGAUAGAGUGACGAACCUUCAUCAAGGAUAUGGAUUUGUGGAAUUCCGAAGUGAAGAAGAUGCUGAUUAUGCAAUCAAGGUGCUUAAUAUGAUUAAACUUUAUGGGAAGCCAAUCCGUGUAAAUAAGGCAUCACAAGAUAAAAAGAGUCUGGAUGUGGGGGCAAACCUUUUCAUUGGAAACCUUGACCCUGAUGUGGAUGAGAAACUUCUUUAUGAUACUUUCAGUGCCUUUGGGGUCAUAGUUACAAAUCCGAAGAUAAUGAGAGAUCCAGAUACAGGAAAUUCUCGUGGUUUUGGUUUUAUUAGCUAUGAUUCCUUUGAGGCAUCUGAUGCAGCAAUUGAGGCAAUGAAUGGUCAAUAUCUUUGCAAUCGUCAAAUAACAGUUUCAUAUGCAUAUAAGAAAGACACAAAAGGGGAGCGUCAUGGUACUCCAGCAGAGAGAGUUUUGGCUGCAAGCAAUCCUAGUUCAAAGAGCAGGCCUCAUACACUAUUUGCCAGCGGGCCUCCAACACUUACAAAUGGUCCCCAGGCCAACGGUACUUUGGGUGGUCCGGUGCCUCCACGGCCCUUUGCAAAUGGUGCUGCUAUACCAGUUCCUGUUCCUACACUCCGCCCACCAACCCCUCAAGGUUUGGCCUACCCAACCAUGCAGGUAGCUGGACAACCGACAUGGCAAGGUCAGCCACAACAACCAGGUCAAACAGUCCCAGCACAUAUGAUGCCUCCACCUCCAGUUCAGCAAUUCAGACCUCCUCCCCCAAGCAUGCCACCACCACCGCCACAGGCGGGCAUGGCUCCUCCAAGGUCUCUUCCACCUCCCAUGGGAAUGGGUGCCCCACCACCAAAUUGGCGACAACCGCCUCCUCCCCCUCAGCAGAGGCCCCUUAUGUUUCCACAGGGAUCAAUUCCACCCCCUCCCCCUCCCAGCAAUCCUCCACCACCUCCUCCAGCUUCAACUUAAUCUUGAACUAAUCCUCCUCCCCCUCCCCGUCUUAAAUUCAUUGAUGCAGGGUAUUUUGUGUUUAUUUCUAUAGUAGCGGAACAAACUACUGAAAGAGGUACAACUAUUCAAAGAGCUGAAUUUUUGGUCAAUUUGUGAAUUCGUAAACUCCAAUAUGUAAUUUUGUAAAAGUAAUUCAGUCUUUUCUUCUGUGCAUUAGGGCUUUCUGGAGUGGCAAAGAUCUAUUAUAUGUAUCCCCCGAUCAAAAGGGUCUGUAGCUUGAACUCGCUGUGCUCGAAGCGACCGUUUUAACUAGUUCAGCUUUAUGUUAAUUUUUCAUAUUAUUUUUA